AUGUCUACAUUCAUCAAGGACGCGACAUUCACCAUCAUACCACCGAAAAAGCCAUCAGCCUGGGAACAAUUCCGAGAUCAACCUUGUCUCUUCCUCGCCCGCAAGCUCUCUGCCUGGCGACCAGCCAAUCUCCCCGAACUGCCUGAGAACCCAGUCACUAUAGUCUGCAUCUCAAACACCUACCACCAGCGACCAUCGAUACCACCUGGCGACAUUCUGAUCCAUGCCGGCGAUUUGACAUCAGAUGGAUCGCUCGCCGAGCUCCAAAUCACGCUGAACUGGCUACGAGCCCAGCCUCACCGCACUAAGAUUGUUGUGGCGGGUAGUUCUGACCGGUAUCUUGAUAAGAUGAAGAAGGGAGGUCGUCGCUGGAGACAUGGACAUCGCGAGAGGGCACACUGGGGUGACAUCAUCUAUCUGGAGCACCAGCAUGUCACCGUGACUGCCCGGAACGGACGCCAACUCCGAAUCUAUGGAAGUCCAUACUCACCAAUGACCAUUCCUUCCUCGGCCUUCCAGUACACUGCUUCUGAUAAUAUUUGGGACCGAAUCCCCGACAAUAUGGACAUUCUCAUUACUCACACGCCCCCAUACACACACCUCGACGAUCUCAAAGGCUGCCCGCAUUUGCUGGAACAGAUAUGGAGGGAUCAACCUCGACUGCAUGUUUUCGGAUCCUCUCUUGAGAAUUACGGAUUUCAAUUUUUGCACUAUGAUGCUCUUCAGGAGGCUCUUGAGCGCAUUGAGGCUGCGGGUGGGGGUUUCUUUAAUCUUCUGAGGGUAGUCAAAGGGCUUGUGCAAUCCUUCUUCCGCCCUGAUAUCCAAACCAAGACCGUGCUUGUGAACGCAUGCAUUAGCGGGGGAUUGUGGCAUAUUGAACGCCAACCGAUCACCGUUACUAUGUAA